AUGAAAAAAUUAUUUUCUAGAAAGAAAGCUAAAGGCAAGUCUACCAUUAUCCCAAAAGGCAAGACUGUUAAUGUUGAAGGCGCUUCAACUGUUAACGUUGAAGAUACUUCAGCCGGAAAUGUCGGAGACACUUCAGCUGGAAAUGUUGAAGGUACUUCAGCUAAUACGAAACAAAAAACUACAACUGAAGACAUUCAAAUCAUCAAAGAAUUAGACUCCCUUCAUCUUGACACUCCACCCGAAACUGUGAAUUCCCUUCGUGCGUAUGAAAAAAAACCUGCUAAUGCCUUUAUAGAUCGUAUGGGAGAUAGUUUUAGGUGGCCUACUUCUAUGCACGAAAACAUCAGAAGUCAGAUCUUUUGGGCCUUCACUAAUGAAAUUGAUGCUGAUGAAAUUGACCAAGAAUUCGCGCUCAAUUGCAUUUAUUUUUAUGAAUGUCUUGAAAAGGGACUGUUUAAUGAUCAUAAAGAAGACUGGGUGCUGGUGUACAAACAGAAAGUAGUUAAAUAUGGAAAAGCACUUACAAAUCAGCAAAUGUCAGACCUUGAGCUUGAAAUGCCUGGCGCCCUUUAUUUUCCAGUUGAUUCAUCACUCCUUGAAAAAAUUGCCAAUCCUAAAAUUCCCCCAGCGAGAGCAGUACAUUCUCAGCGCUCCAAUGAUGGAGGAGAAUAUAUGAUUAAAGUUCGCGUUAAAAGAGUUGGAGCUGAAGAUACAAGUUCCGCCAUGCUUGAUUAUCAAUUUAACGAUGGAAAAAAUAGUAACAAACUUUAUAAGACUGUUCUUGAUAUAGGUGCUCCGGAAUCUAUACUACCCUAUGAAAUCCGCUCACACCUUGGAAAAGCUGGAUGGCAAUCAGUUACAGCCACUGCUCCAGGAUAUGGAGCGCCUGCCAAAUUGUUUUUGGCUAAAGACCCGUUUCAAAUAUCAAUAGGGGAUGAACAUAAUUGGAGCGGUUGGGUAACGACCAACACUCUUCGAGUGAGGGAACGAGUACCUGGUGACCAGGUAGAUUCUUCUCUGGUCGGAAAUGAUGUGCUGGAUCAAUUAACUUAUGUCCAUCAGAAGGGAGGAGGACUUAUAUUCUUGAAUGCUCGGCAUGAAAAUCAAUUGGGAACAUUUUUAAAUAACUUGUCACCAUGA